AUGGCUACCCCCAGUGUCCUCGCUUUUGACGCUGAGGGUCGAGCCGUUGACUUUGAGGUCUGGGUCGACGACCUGCAGCUGUUCUUACAGUGCGAUAGAGCUGACGGCCAUUCCCUCUUUGACCUCACCUCUGGCGCCUCUCCUGCCCCUGCUGCUGAUGCUGACCCCACUGUUCGCUCUCAGUGGGCCACUCACGAUGCUGCUGCACGUCUUGCUGUGCGUCGCCACUUGCCCACCACUGAGCGCGCGCACUUUAGUAAGUACAAGAGUGCCCAGACCUUGGGUGUUCUCCUUCCCCUCUCCUGCCCUCUGUCGCCUCUGCCGCUGCGGCCGACCUCGUUGGUCUUGAGUCGGUCGGUGCGGCGUCUGCCCCUAGCGGGAGACGCCGCUCUGGCAAGGGCAAGGGGGGCAAGGGAGCGGGUGGGGCCAGUGGGGGCGGUGGAGGUGGAGGUGGAGGCGGCGGAGGGAGUGGGGGUGGCGGUGAAGGUGGUAGCGGGGGUGGGGGUGCUAGUGGCGGCAGUGGAGGCGGGGGUGGCGGCGGCGGUGGCGGUGGUAGCGGAGGUGGCGGAGGUGGCGGCGGUGGAGGCGGAGGCGGGGGCGGUGGAGGCGGAGGCGGGGGUGGCGGAGGUGGAGGUGGUCGGAGUGGAGCUACGCAGCGGAGCAGCACUGGGGGCGGUCAGCGCCAGCAGCAGCAGCAGCAGCAGCAGCGUUCUCGCGAGUCCCCACCCCUCAGCAGCUCCGUGA